CUAAAAAACAUUAACUAACCAACUGGGCCGAAAAAUUGUUCUUCAGCUUUAUACAAUGAUUUUCAUAAUUUAUAAACCACAGAAGUAGUACUAAAAAUAUUAUUUAGAUAUUGGUUUGCAGAAAUAUCUAUCUUUAUCUUGAAAAGACAACAGCGUUUUCCCCCCGGCGGGAGUGGCUCCGUCCUCCAAGUUCAGGAUACUUACUGCCAGCUGAUUCGACGAGUCACUUCGCCGGAGCGACAGCUGAAGAAUUAGGGUUCUUCUUAGUUUCAUCAAGAUUGUAAGUUUCAGCUCGAUGAUCCCAUUUUCUCGUAGAAUAUGGCGGGAAAGGAGAUCGGUAGGAUUCUGGCGGGAGUCUCCCAAUUGCCAGGUUCUAAAAGCUUUUAUACGCCUUCCAGCCAUGUCAGUAUUUGGUAAUGAAGUAAAUGUAGUUGAACAGACGAUUGCGAUUUAGAAGAGUGUUCACAUUUCGAAUGGCUCUCUCACCGUUUGCGUAACGGUAAAGACAUUAUCUUGAAACCCAAUAGGUCAAACUUCGAAAGGGAAAUGAAUGGCCAGCUCAGUUUUGGGCGUGGUUUUGACGUUUUGUCGCCAUUGAUGCUGAACCUCGACGUGGCUUUUCAUCCUUUGUCUAUAGCCUACGGGGAAGGGAAGAGAUAAGAAAUUUCGCUAGAGUCUAAAUAUCAUGGCAGAGGAGGAUAUUUCAUCUUACUACGCUUGCCGCUAUGGUGGACUUUCCUUUUCCCACCAUUUUUGCUCUGCUCGGGAAGAUGAGAAGUGGUGCUGGAGCUACACUGUUCAUGGGGGCUUCCAGGCUUGCCCUGCUGGCUCUGUUUCUUCUUUUCCAAGGUACAAGCUUUGCUUUCAAUGACACAAUACAUGCUAAUGGAUCAAUCAAGGACGGUAGCUUUGUCAUCUCCGAAGGUGGUACCUUCGCUUUGGGGUUUUUCAGCCCUGGCCGAUCGAGGUACAGAUAUCUAGGGAUUUGGUAUCAUAACAAGCCAGGAAAAGCUCCUGUGUGGGUAGCAAACAGGAACAAUCCCAUCAACGGCACUUCAGGAGUUCUAUCAAGCGACGGAUAUGGUAACCUUCUUCUCUACAGCAGCUUAGAUCAAGAGCGCCCAGUGUGGUCUGCAAAUGUUUCGAGGGAUAAAUUUCCUGAGGGGCCAUGUGUAGCUCGGUUGUUAGAUUCCGGAAAUUUAGUUUUGGUCCACCCUACAAGUAGUAGAACUAUAUUUUGGCAAAGCUUUGAUCAUCCUACGGACACCUUAUUAGCUGGCAUGAAGCUGGGUCUGGAUAAGGAAACUGGUUUAAACCGCUUCCUGACUUCAUGGAGAUCACCAGAUGACCCUGGAACAGGUGAUUUCUCACUUAAGGUAAACCCAAAUGGCGCUCCGCAGCUCUUUCUGUAUCGUGGUACGGUUCCCCAUUGGCGGAGCAUUCCAUGGGCCUGGCGGAUAUACCAUCAGUUUUUUGACGAAUCUUAUGUUAUUAAUGAACAAGAGAUACAUAUCUCAUUUCGCGCUCGGGAUCCUUCUUCUAUCCUGUUUCCUACUAUGGACAAUUCAGGAACGAUGGGGGCGGCGAUGUGGGACGAAGUUGAUGGCCGGUGGAAAGAGUUUUAUACGGUAACCCAUCAAAAAUGUGAUGUCUAUGGUUAUUGUGGUGCUUAUGGAAAGUGUGAACCAAGCAACCCUUUUCUUUCUGAAUGUGUUUGUUUACCUGGCUAUGAACCUAAGUCCAGAAGUAAGUUGCUUCUAGGAAAUGCAUUUGGUGGGUGUGUCCGGAAGCGAUCAGAAUCCUCGUCUUUCUGCAGCCCUGGAGAAGGGUUUGUGAGAGUUGAAAAUGUGAAGGUUCCUGAUACUUCAGCAGCCGUGUGGGUGGACUUUGGAAUGAAUGAAGUGAACUGUGAGCACGAAUGUAGAAAGAAUUGCUCAUGCUGUGCAUAUGCUAUGACUAAUAUCACCGACAAAGGGACUGGUUGUUUGACAUGGCAUGGAGAACUAAUAGAUACAGCAAACAUGCCAGCCCUUGAUCAUGCAAUCUAUGUUCGUGUCGAUGCACUUGAACUAGCCGACUAUGCACUGCAAUCUAGUGGCUUUGGUGAACUUAGGUUGAAGUUAGACGUUCUCAUACCAUCUGUUGCUUCUGUUUGGCUUGUUGGCAUCUUGUUUGCCUAUUUGUGGCUUAAGAGGCUGAAGAAGUGGAGGAAGAGCAAAGGCAUCCUUGCUUCUUAUUUUGCAAGGACAGCAAAUGAAAGGCGGAUCAGAAACAUAUUUCAUCCAGGUGCAGAUGGGUCAAAUUACUUCCAAGAUUCUUUGCUUACCAAGGAGAUCGAGCGGAGUGAAAUUUACCCAGAACUACCCUUGUUCAACCUUAGCACGAUACGAGCUGCUACCAACAAUUUUUCCCCUGAUAACAAACUUGGCCAAGGGGGUUUUGGCUCAGUGUACAAGGGUCAAUUUUCUUCUGGAUUAGAGGUUGCUGUAAAAAGAUCACCAAACAAUUCAAGGCAGGGGCUGGAACAGUUUAAAAGUGAAGUCUUUUCUAUUGCAAAACUGCAGCACAGAAACCUUGUAAAGCUCCAUGGUUGCUGCAUUGAGGAACAAGAGCAAAUGUUGGUUUAUGAGUACUUGCCCUACAAGAGUUUGGACUCUCUUCUUUUCGUUGAUCGGAGUAGAAGCUCUUUCUUAGACUGGGGGAAAAGAUUUAAUAUUGUAGUCGGGGUGGCACGCGGGAUCUUAUAUCUUCAUCAGGACUCAAGGUGCAGAAUAAUCCACAGAGACCUGAAAACUAGCAAUGUUUUGCUGGAUGCAGAGCUGAACCCCAAAAUUUCCGACUUUGGAAUGGCUAGAGUAUUGGAAGGUGACCAAGUUGAAGGGAAGACGAGCAGAAUUGGCGGAACUUAUGGUUACAUGUCACCAGAGUAUGCAUACCUAGGGAGGUUCUCGGUGAAGUCGGACGUCUUCAGUUUUGGAGUGAUGUUACUGGAAAUUGUGACCGGGGUGAAGAUCACUGGGUUUUGUAAGGAGGAUCCUGCCUUGAACUUGAUUGGCUACGUAUGGGACUUAUGGAAAGAAGAGAGAGUCAUGGAGGUAGUUGAUCCAUCGUUGAAAGUGUCAACUGGUGCCCUGAGAUGCAUCCACAUCGGGCUUCUGUGCCUCGAGGAAGAUCCUGUUGACAGACCUGAUAUGCAGACAGUGGUUGUCAUGUUGAACAGCGAAAUGACACCUCUUCCUCUGCCAAAACGUCCUGCAUUCAUUUAUGGGAAGUCCAGAGUUGAAGCAACUGCGGCAGAGUGCUCGAGGAACGAGAUUACUUUUUCCAACACCCUUGGUCGCUGAUGUCUGGGACAACACACUAAUGUAUAGUCUUUCUAACCACUUACAUCUGACAGAUGCAGCAUGUUAAUCCACUGCAAACGGGAAUUAAACUCUGCUAGAUUUAAUCUUUCGUUGUUUCCCAGUAGCCAAGCCAUCGAGUAUAGAUUCGUAAUGUAAGGCUUUCCUUCUAUAGUGAUCCAUUUACGCUUGACCAAUUUGCCAAGUUUCAGCUCGCCAAACCUGUUCUUGUGGAGAAUAUGGCAGGAAAGAGAAGAUCGCAAAGAGUCCAGCGGGAAGAAGCCCUUGCCAGCUGUUUGGCUUGUCGGCGUCUUGUUUGCCUACUGGUGGAUCAAAAGGAUUAAGAAAUGGAGGAAGAGAAAAGCAAUUGAGAAGCGGAUUAGGAACUUUUUUCAAUCGGCCUUAGCACGAUUCGAGCUGGUUUAUGAUUACUUGCCCUUCAAGAGUUUGGACUCUCUUCUUUUCAUUGAUAGGACUAGGAGCCCUCUCUUGGACUGGGAGCAAAUGAUUUAAUGUUGCAGUUGGGGUUGCACGGGGUAUCUUGUAUCUUCAUCAGGACUAAAGAUGCAGAAUAAUCCACGGAGACCUGAAAACCAGCAAUGUUCUUCUGGAUGCAGAGCCGAAGCCAAAAAUUUCCGAUUUUGGAAUAACUAAAGUAUUGGAAGGUGGCCAAGUUCAAGGGAAGACGAGUAGAAUUGGCGGAACUUAGCAUGUUGUGUUUUUCUAGAGAAAAUGUUUUCAGGUAUGGGAGUUAUGGAAAGAAGAGAGAGUCGUUGAGGUAGUUGAUCCGUCGUUGGAAGUGUCAAAUGGCGCCCUGAGAUGCAUCCACAUCGGGCUGCUGUGCCUCGAGGAAGAUCCUGUUGACAGACCUGAUAUGCAGGCAGUGGUUGUCAUGUUGAACAGCGAAAUGACUCCUAUUAUUCCCCUGCCAAAACAUGCUGCAUUUGUUUAUGGGAAGUCCAGAGUUAAAGCAACUGCGGCAGAGUGCUCGAGGAACGAGAUGACCUUUUCCGAUACCCUUGAUUGCUGAUACCUGGGACAACACACUAAUGUAUAGUCUUUCCGCAUGUUAAUCCGCUGCAACCGGGAAUUGAACUCUAUGAGAUCUUAUCUUUCAUUGUUCCCCAAGAGCUAAGUGGCCGACCCAUCGACUAUUGAUUCGUAAUGUAAGGCUUUACUUUUCAAUUGAGCAAGAAGGAGUAGUCCCAUCAAUGGCGCUGUGUGAUUUCUAUUGAGUGACAGAUAUGACAACGGUUUUCGGUACAGCGGCCUAUAUCACGAUUCACUGAAUCUCCUAGUAUGGCCUGCCAAUGCUUCGACUUUCGAGGGUGUUCUUGGAGGGGCCUUGUUUUGCUUGGUUACUAGAUUCAGGAAAUGUGGUGAACUUCGACAGCAGAUCGCUCCUACUUUUAGCAAUUCACAUUAGAUCACUGUUGUCUUCAGCCACUCCCUUCCUAAAUUGCUGAACAGUGCAACUAUCUAGCCAACCUAUUUGUAUUGAGAAUUUUUGUCUUUUAUUGUGUGAAGUUUUUUAACAACUGGCAAAAAUUUCUCUUAGACGACGACCACCCGAUGCAUGAAAAUAACGUCACGUACCGCAGCCCAUUAAUUACACAACCACCUCAAUUAUUCGGGGUGGUGUUCCCUGUUCUGGCGCCAUUGACGCGGACAGCUCGAACGCCGCCUUUCAACCUCAGUCUAUAUCAAAGCUACGAGGGAAAGAAGGAAGAUAAUUCGCAUGCACAGAAGAUUUCUUUGACAUUUCAAACGUCUGAUGCUGAUGGAGGCCAAACAUCAGGGAAAGUGGCGAUAUUUCAUAUCGUCUUAAGCUUACUGCUAAGGUGGGCUCUUCCUUCUCCAUAAUUUUUGCUCUGCUUGGAAAGAAGAAAAAUAGUGUUGGAGCUAAUAUUUCCAUGGAUGAUGAUGAUGCUACCAAGCUUGUACUGUUUUCUCUGCUUCUUCUCUUCCAAUGCCAAACCCUUGCUUUCAGUGACACUAUACAGGCCAAUGGGUCACUCAAGGAUGGGAGCUUGGUCAUGUCCAAAGGGGAUAAGUUCGCUUUAGGGUUUUUCAGCCCUGGUCGUUCGAGCUACAGAUACCUAGGGAUUUGGUAUCAUAACAAGCCAGGACAAGCUCCUGUGUGGGUAGCAAACAGGAAUUCUCCCAUCAAUGGCAAUUCAGGAGUUCUAUACAGCAACCUUUUUCUGUACAGCAGCAUAGAUCAAGAGCUCCCAGUAUGGUCUGCUAACAUUUCGAGGGUGUUUUCGGAGCGGCCUUGUUUUGCUCAGUUGUUGGAUUCAGGAAAUUUGGUGUUGGUCCAAGGUACAAGUAACAGAACAAUUGUGUGGCAAAGCUUUGAUCAUCCUACAGACACCUUGUUAGCUGGCAUGAAAAUGGGUCUGGAUAGGGAAACAGGUUUCAAUCGCAUUGGGACUUCAUGGAGAUCAGCAGAUGACCCUGGAACAGGUGAUUUCUCAUAUAAGAUCAACCCAAAUGGCUCCCCACAAUUCUUCAUUUACCACAGGGGUAGAAUUCCAAAUUGGCGGACCUUGCCAUGGCCCUGGCGCAUAGACCAUCCGUUAUACAGCGAUUCUUUUGUUAAUAAUGACGAGGGGAUACAUUACUCAUUUAUCCCGAGUGAUCCUUCUAUUGUCAUGAUGUGGAGGAUUGACAGUUCUGGAACAAUGAUGGCGGUCACCUGGGACGAAGUUGAUGGUCGAUGGAAGGAGUUCUAUACGGUAACACUUCGGAAAUGUAAUGCCUAUGGUCAUUGUGGCGCUUAUGCAAAGUGUGAGCCUAGCAGUCCUUAUCUUUCCGAAUGUGUUUGUUUACCUGGUUAUGAACCAAGUUCUCCAAGCAGGCUGCUCCUUGGAGAUUCAUAUGGUGGGUGUGUCAGGAAGCGAUUGAAAUCCUCUUCUUUCUGUGAGCCCGGGGAGGGGUUUGUGAGAGUGGCAAAUGUGAAGGUUCCUGAUACUUCAGCAGCUGUGUGGGUGGGCAUGGGAUUGAAUGAAGUGAACUGUGAGCACGAAUGUAGAAAGAAUUGCUCCUGCAGUGCAUAUGCAACGCCUAAUAUUGUUGGGAAAGGGACUGGUUGUUUGACAUGGAACGGGGAACUAAUUGAUACAGUUAACCUCCCAGCCCCUGAUAUCGCAAUCUAUGUUCGUGUCGAUGCAAAUGAACUAGUUCCACUGCAAUCUAGUGGAUAUCAUGAGCUUAAGUUGCAGCUAGACGUGCUGAUACCAUCUGUUGCUUCAGCUUGGCUUGUUGGUGUCUUGUUUGCUUACUCUUGGAUCAGGAGGAUCAAGAAGUGGAGGAAGAGAAAAGCAAAUGAGAAGCGGAUUAGGAACUUUUUUCAAUCGGGUGAAGAUGGUUCAAAAUACUUCCCAGAUUCUUCAGUGAUCAAGGAGACCGAACGAAGUAGAAUUUACCCAGAACUCCCAUUUUUCAGCAUUAGCACGAUUCAUGCUGCUACCAACAAUUUUUCCCCUCGUAACAAACUGGGACAAGGGGGUUUUGGUUCAGUGUACAAGGGGAAAUUAAAUUCUGGAGAAGAGGUUGCUGUAAAAAGAUCACCAAAGAAUUCAAGGCAGGGGCUGGAACAAUUUAAAAGUGAAGUCUUUUUGAUUGCGAAAUUACAGCACAGGAACCUUGUGAAGCUCCAUGGCUGCUGCAUUGAGGAACAAGAGCAAAUGUUGGUUUAUGAGUACCUUCCCUACAAGAGUUUGGACUCUCUUCUUUUCAUUGAUAAGACAAGGAGCCAUUUCUUAGACUGGAGCAAACGAUUUAAUAUUAUAGUUGGGGUUGCUCGCGGGAUUUUGUAUCUUCAUCAAGACUCAAGGUGCAGAAUAAUCCACGGCGAUCUGAAAACCAGCAACGUUCUUCUGGAUGCAGAGCUGAACCCAAAAAUUUCCGAUUUUGGAAUGGCUAGAGUAUUGGAAGGUGACCAAGUUGAAGGGAGGACGAGAAGAAUUGGCGGAACUUAUGGUUACAUGUCACCAGAGUACGCAUACCUAGGGAAGUUCUCGGUGAAAUCCGACGUCUUCAGUUUUGGAGUGAUGUUGCUCGAAAUUGUGACCGGGGUGAAGAUCACCGGGUUUUCUCAGGUGGAUCCUGCCUUGAACUUGAUUGGAUACGUAUGGGAGUUAUGGAAAGAACAGAGAGUCAUGGAGGUAGUUGAUCCGGCAUUGGAAGUGUCAAAUGGCGCCCUGAGAUGCAUCCACAUCGGGCUGCUCUGCCUCGAGAAAGAUCCUGUUGACAGACCUGAUAUGCAGGCAGUGGUUGUAAUGUUGAACAGCCAAAUGACACCUCUUCCUCUGCCAAAACAUCCUGCAUUCGUUUAUGAGAAGUUCCGAGUCGAAGCAACUGCAGGAGAGUGCUCGAGGAACGAGAUAACCUUUUCUGACACCCUUGGUCGCUGAUGUUUAGGACGGUACACUAAUGUAUAAAGUCCUUCUAACAACUCACAUCCGAGAAAUGCAGCAUGUUAAUCCGCUGCAACUGGGAAUGAAACUCUAUGAGAUCUAAUCUUUCGUUGUUUCCCAGUAGCUUAGUGGCAGGGAUACACUGCAUCGCUACCACUGCCUGACCUAAUUCUGCGACAUAGAAUUUGCGCAUUCAAGCUUCAGCAAUCACUCCGACAAACAAAAGGAGAUUUCUCAGACUUCAUAAUAGCAGCAACAUGACCGCUACCAAUUACAACGAUUGCUCGGGCAGCACCUGGACCACUAAUUAGAGGUACAACGCAGCCAGAACUCCAUAACACCACCUCCUGGCCAGUCAUCCUCCUCCAUGCUCACUGCUGCUAAAGAAACUCGAACGCCAUCUUCUGUAGAAAAAAAGGCAAGAAAAGAGGGAAAGCCAUUCUCACUCAAUCCAGAGUUAGCUGUGAACAUAUAUGACGAUAGAAUCGGGCUCCAUGUCAAGCUUCCCAUCCCACAAGCCUCUCGAAAUACAACUGAAUGGGAUAGGGAAGCGGAAAAAACAAAACAAACCCACCAAAAGUUGCCUUACAACCCACGUUUCUUUCCUCUCUUCCACCAAAAGAAAGAGCAGAAGAAAACAGAGGAAAAAAGGAAAAAGACCAAACAACUCUUCAAAAAUAGAGAACCCUGGUUCUUCCUCCAUGCUGCUCUUUUUCUCUCUUAAAAUUUAAAACCUUCUCCUUUCCUUUCUGCCUUCCACUUUUCCUCAAUGGCUGCUCAGCCUUCCUCAUAUCCCCCCUCGAUCCAUCUACCUUUCUUCCUCCCUAACUUCCUCAUCAUAGCCUUUUUCCUCUUUGCCUCUCUCUUUCUCCAUCUUUAUCUCUUUAGGUUAUCAGCAGUUCAAUUUCCAUCCAAUUCCGCCCGCCUUUCCCCUGCCUUUUUGUUUAAUCAUUCCGUCUAUUUUCUUCUCUCUUAUUUAAUAUAACUCUGAUAUGACCACUCACCAAACCCGUCCUUUCAGCAACAUUCCUUCUCUUCUCCUGCUUCGUCUUUUAGCCGUCGUCCCUUUUCAUCUCCUUUUCCUCCCUUCAUCUUCCCUUACCCUUUCCUGCUGAUUCACUGUAACUCUCCCCCUUUCGUUGCUUGCACAAUUGGCCUGCUUUCCUCUGGUUCUAAUGGUUGUUUGAAUUCAGUAAAUUUCUCUUCUUUUUUCUAAUGGAAAACAACGUUGCGUGUGGAGUUGGUAUGGAGGAAGAUCAAAUGGAUUUGCCACCAGGGUUUCGCUUCCACCCAACUGAUGAAGAGCUCAUCUCACACUAUCUCUACAACAAGGUUCUAGACAUCAACUUCUCUUGCAGAGCAAUCGGCGAUGUCGAUUUGAACAAGUCCGAGCCCUGGGAAUUACCUUGGAAAGCAAAAAUGGGAGAGAAAGAGUGGUAUUUCUUCUGCGUGAGGGACAGGAAGUACCCAACAGGGCUAAGGACCAACAGAGCAACGGAAGCUGGGUACUGGAAGGCAACUGGUAAAGACAGGGAGAUUUACAGAGAUAAAUCCCUCGUCGGGAUGAAGAAAACCCUCGUCUUCUACAAAGGCAGGGCACCCAAAGGAGAAAAAACCAGUUGGGUUAUGCACGAGUACCGAUUGGACGGGAAAUUCUCUAUCCACAACCUCCCCAAAUCGGCCAAGAACGAGUGGGUGAUUUGCAGGGUGUUCCAGAAGGCCUGCGGCGGGAAGAAAACCCACAUCUCCGGGAUUUUCCGAUUCGCCGAACUGGGUCCUUCCUCUCUGUUACCGCCGUUGAUGGAGUCGCCGUCAGCUUACAGCAGUGAUCAGAAAACCGAGCCAGCCGGGGCCGAAUCUUUUUCGGCUUACGUGCCCUGCUUCUCCAAUCCCAAAACCAAUAACAACGACAGACCAGUUGUUACCAACAAUGAGAUUCCAUCGAAUCCGAUUCCUUCUUCCCCGUUUCCACUCUACUCAGCUCAUUACAAUCCCCACUUCUCCCCUUCCAGUUUUCAGUUCUCUUCCACCCUGAUGCAGCAGGACGACAACUCGAUUCUUCGAGCUCUGUUGGAGAAACAGGGAGGAGCAUUUCAUCUGAAGCAGGAUUUCAGAGCUGCUGACAAUGGGGAGACGAUCAGUGCUUCUCAAGAGAUGACGACGGGGAUGAAUCCUCUCGACUGUUUUUGGAACUAUUGAUAAUCGUCAAAAAGGAAAUCGAGUCCUGUGCUUGGUGCGGUAGCUAGCUGGGUAGCCAGCCAACCAACCCACCAACCCACCCAGCAAACCAUCACUCUGAAGAAUAGGGAGAAUGGAAGCUUGAAUGUAGUAGUUCAUAAUCAGUGGUUAGUUUACUAUUUUGUUGUUUUGUUCUUAUCAUUAUCCUCCUUUUGUCAUUUACUAUGAUUGUGAUUACUGUUCUCGUUAGACCCUGAUAAAGAUUUACGUCAAGGAAGAAGGAAAAAAAGGUGGAGGGAAUGGAAAAGAAUUAGUGUGAGCGAUACAAUGUGUUUCUCAAAAUCUCUCUUCUGCUUAAAUAACUUGAGCAGAACUUGUCACAUUUUAUAUAUGGGUUGACAACUGGAACUGAACUCUACAGAAUCUAAUUUCCAAU